ACAGUCCACGCCCACAGAGCGACUUGUUCUUGCUCAACAGCACUACGAAAAGAGGGGAUCGGUCUUGGAGCUGGUUCCUGACGAGCAUCAGCAGGGUCACAGCAGGACAGAGGACCAGCAGGCUGCUACCGAGAGACUGAACCCAGCAGACACAAUGGCAGAUACCGAAAAGACCAAUAAGACUGGAGAUGCAGCAAUGGAACCAGAUACUGGAGACCAGCAGACUGUUAUUUCUCGGGUGGGCAACUUGCCCCUGGUGAGUUCAGCUUGCGGGGUGGUGUCCAGCGCCUACACCAACACCAAAGACAACGUUCCCUUGCUGAAGGGGGUGAUGGGUGUAGCAGAGAGUGGAGUCCGAACCCUGGGAGCUGCUGCCACAGUGGGGUCCAAACCUAUUUUGGACAUGAUUGAACCACAGCUGACCACAGUGAAUGAGUAUGCCUUGAAAGGACUUGAUAAAAUGGAAGAAAAGCUGCCUAUUCUUCACAUACCAGCUGACAAGGUGGUGUCAGACACAGUAGGCAUGAUGUACCAGUCGGUGGCAGGAGCCAAAGAUGCUGUGGUAGGAGCUGUGAUGGGUGGCGUUGAGCUGACCCGGGCAGCAGUCAGCGGAGGUAUCAGCACUGUCAUGGGCACCAGGAUGGGCCAGAUGGUCAGCAGUGGGAUGGGCCUGGCUCUAAGCCGAUCUGAGGACUGGGUUGAGCAGCACCUACCGCUCACCGAAAAAGAGCUAGUUGCUGUUGCUGAAUCUCCCAGCUGUGAGCUGACCGCCACUUCAGCCAACUCCAGCUACUUUGUUCGAUUGGGAAAACUCUCUUCCAAGGUACAGCAGCGAGCCCUAGAGCACUCCCUGGGCCGUGCACAACAUGCCAGGGAUGCCACCUAUUCUUCCUUGGCUCAGAUAACCAGCACUCUGGACCUGGUAGAGAAAGCCCGUGCCAGUCUGGGCACUGCUACCAGUCAAAUGGGAGGAGCCACAGAGCAGCUGCAGCAGCAAUGGGCAGAGUGGAAGCAGAAACAUCAUAAAGCUGGACAAACAGAAUCCGAACUAGAUGGAGCCAAAGAUGAACAUGAGAAGCUGGACUGGCAGGUCCUCUCUAUGGUCCGUGUUCUCAGUCACCAGAUGAAGUCUGCAUGCUCCAGCGUGGUUUCCAGCGCUCAGGGUUUGCCAGGUGCCGUCCAGGACCAGCUGACCAGUGCACGGCAAGCCGCUGAAGAACUGCAGGCCUCGCUAGGAAGUGCUAGCACAAUCACUCCCCACCUUUUGGAGCGAAGUCGUGUACACCUGAAACAAAUCCAACACUCCCUGGAUAGCGUCAUGGAAUAUCUACUUCACAAUACACCCCUAAACUGGCUGGUUGGACCUUUUGCUCCUCAGAAGAUUGAGACAGAAGAAACUGAUGUGAAAAUGGAACAAGCUAGCCAAAGCAACUAGACUUGAAUACUUCUGUAUAGACAGAUGAAUGGUGUACACUGUAGAUAUAACCAUUUAAAAUAAAGUAAUUUGUCUAAUGAGAGGACUUAAUAAUAAUAUAACAA